CAAAAAAGCAUAGUCUUUUUCAAUUUUCUCCCUUCACUGUUUCUGCAUCCACUACCUUCGUCCUUUUGCUUCCCUUUUGAAAAAGAGUUCACAUGCAAAAACUCUGUCGAUUCCCUCUCUUUUUCUGCAUUCCCAAAAUCCCCUCCUUUUUUGAAUUUCUGCUCUUCUAGGAAUGUGUAUGAGUAAACCCAAAAGCGCUCAAAAGUCAGUCUAUCAACUUCUUGUCUCUCUCACACAAACUCGAACAAACAGUUGGUUGUGAAGUUGCCUUGCUUUUCUUCCCCAUUUUCUAUCUUUCUUUUUCCCCUUUAUUCAUUUUAGUGCUGGAUGGGCGAUGGUGGAUGGAGGGUGGUUUUCCAACUACAGCAACAUCAAAUGAAAGUCUGCUAAAUUUAAUACAUGCCCUUUUGGUCUCAAUCAUACCCUCAUAAGUUUCAGAAUUUUUUUUGUUCUUCACUCCCCUUUUUCUCCCUUCUCUGACUACCAUACGGUGAAAGUUGUAAUGAACAUGGAAGGUACUGUUGCCUCAAUAACUAUGAUGGUGUUUGUACAUUUUGCUUUCUUUUCAUUUUCUAUCGACUUUCCUUUUCGAGCUCUCCUGAAACUCAAACUUGUGUUCCUUGCAUUUGUAUGCUUGUGUUGAAAGUGACUGGUAGCUGCGGCAUUGAUGAAUGUGUUUGUACUCAUCACGUGUUCACAGGUUGGCACGGUUUAUUUCCUAUGUCCUGUCUUUUCUGUUUCUUUUGGGAUUUUUCGUCUUUGCCAAAGAUCCUUUCCCAGACUCCCAAUAUAAUAAUUCCAGUCCUUCGCCCUUCGUUGAAGUAAGCCUUGAGUCUUAAUGAAACUUGUUUGUACAUGGAUUAAACCUCUUCGUACAGUUGCCUAGCUAUCAGGGAGAUCUUAGGAUGUGUGUUUUCUGAUAAAAGCCAAGCUCAGAAGAUGUGCGACUCACCUGCCACUAGAUCUUCCUUCAGCCAGAAUGAAGCCAUCUGCAGAACUUUGACUUCUGGUGCAACAUGUGGCAAUUCAGGAACUCAGAUAGAUCCUGCGAAUGAAUAUUCAUGUUGUGAUUCUACACUAGAGGUCAGCAAUAUUGCAGAAGGUUCUAGACUUCUAGUAGCCCUGGUUCAAGUAUUAACUGCACAACAUUUUAUCCUUACAGAAUCCAGCUUGAGAAGGAUGUUCAAAGGUUACAACAGCAGUUGCAAGCGGAGCUUGAAAUGCAUUUGAUACUGGAAAAUGCUAUUGAGGAAAGCUCAGUGAAAUUUUCUUGUGGAUCAUGCCUUCCACAUCAAGUUCAGGAGCUUCUCUCCACUAUUGCCAUACUGGAAGUUACAGUUACUGAACUUGAACAGAAAAUUGUCUCAUUACAUUUCCAGCUUAGUCAAGAGAGAAACGAGCGACGGCUUGCCGAAUAUCAACUGAGGCACAAAUCACUGCCAUCAGUUUCUGAUUGCUCCUCUGACUAUAAUAAAAGAAUGAUUCCUUCUUUGAGAUGUUCCAAGCAUUCUGAUUCCGAACUUCCUAACUUGGAUGGAGAUGUCUUCUCCCAAGACAGAGGCCUGGGGCCUACCAUUGCUAUGGAAACUUCUUGUUCAUAUGUUAUCCCUGAGGUACUUUCUGUAACUUCGUCUUUGGAGAACAAAAAAGUAGUUCCAAAGACAGGUGCCAAACUGGGUCAGCAUCUACAGCCAAAGCUUUCAAAGGGAACACCAUUGAUUGGUCUCUGGGGUCACCCUAAUAAACUUUCUGAGGAGAUGGUUAGGUGUAUGAAAAAUAUAUUCAUCUCUCUAUCGGAUGCUGCUAUAACAUCCAUGUCAUCUACAUUGUAUAGUCAAUCUUCAUCUGUUUCUCCUCAAGGGCAUCUUUCUAAUUCAUCAUGGUGGUCAUCGUCCGAGCGCUCGAUAUUAUCAUCAUUGGUCCAGAGCCCCCAAGUCGAUAUCCAGAAUAACAGUGAAGUGUUGUCUCCUGAGAAUGUGUUUGAUCCCUAUAGAGUGCGGGGUAAAUUAAGCUGGGCUGACAUUGGCAACUAUGCCUUAGCAACUGAAGUUUCCUGGAUGUCAGUUGGAAAGAAACAAUUGGAAUAUGCCUCGGGUGCAUUGAAGAAGUUCAGAACACUCGUUGAACAAUUGGCCAAACUUAACCCUAUUCACUUGAGCUGCAAUGAGAAGCUUGCAUUCUGGAUCAACUUGUACAAUGCACUGAUCAUGCAUGCUUACUUGGCUUAUGGAGUCCCUAGAAGUGACCUCAAGUUGUUCUCUUUAAUGCAAAAGGCUGCUUACACUGUCGGAGGCCAUUCUUUCAGUGCAGCUGCCAUUGAGUACGCGAUUCUGAAGAUGAAACCUCCUCUCCACAGACCACAAAUUGUAUUUCCACAAAGCCUGCCAAAUUAUUCCCUUUUGUUUUCCCCGUGUUGUUAAAAAAAAAAAAAACAGUUAACCAUCGUUAGUUCUCGUUUCUACUCAUCACAAUCUCUCUCCCAGGCUUUGCUUCUCGCUCUUCACAAAUUGAAGGUGUCAGGAGAACAGCGGAAGUGUGCAGUCGAUGCACACGAGCCGCUUGUAGCAUUUGCACUCAGCUGUGGAAUGUAUUCAUCUCCUGCGGUAAGAGUUUACACAGCAGAGAACGUAAGAGAAGAGCUCGAAGAAGCUCAGCACGAUUUCAUCAGGGCCAGUGUUGGAGUCAGCAGCAGAGGGAAGCUGUUGGUGCCUAAGCUGGUGCACUGCUUUGCUAAAAGCUUUGUGGAUGAUUCCAACUUGGCCGUGUGGAUAUCUCAUUACCUGCCGCCGAAUCAGGCAGCAUUCGUCGAGCAGUGCAUCUCGCAGAGGCGGCAAAGCCUGCUGGCUUCCAGGAACUGUGGGAUCAUGCCUUUCGAUUCUCGGUUCCGGUACCUGUUCUUUCCUGGUAAGGCUUGAUUUAGUCUGCAGAGGGAUAAGUUCUUUUUUUGUUUUUGUGGGAUAGGCCUGUAGAAGAAGUUUCAUCAUGUCCCUUACUGAGGCUGCCAGAUGCAGAUAAGUUGUGGGUCUUCAGUGUAAAUGUAAGUCAAUGAGAAGAAGCUUCUGUCUGUAGUAAGUAAAAGGAGAAGCAUCAUUACUUAAUGUUUGUAUAAAGUGAAAGGGCAAACUUUCAUGAAAAAGAGUACGUUAUGUCAUUCAUAAUGACCAACUUAAUA